AUUUGAAUUAUUGUAAAUUCUAUUUUAGUGACUCAUUGUUUUUAUUACAAAUGAUACUUGAAUUAAAUAAAUAUGAGAAGCGUUAAAUCUUUCUUUGGACUGAACAGGACUAAUCUAAUUAUAUGCCGCAAUGUUACAACGAAAAAGAAAAUAACGAUUCCAGAUGAAGAAGAACAAUUACCAAUAUUCCAAUACCCAAUCAGCAAAAGUUCUGAUCGUCGGGUCUACGUGUGGGGGAUGGCUGAAACUGGCGCCCUCGGCAUACAUAUGCCAGGUAGAGGCAAAAGAGGACGCAAGUCAUAUAGAAACGAUUUCUCUCUUGUUUGGUAUCCAAUGAGAUCUAGUUUUUGUGAGAGAUUUGAUGUAACACAAAUAGCUUGUGGAUAUGGCUUCACAGUAGCAGCUGUAAAGACAGAUGAACAACACAAGCUGUUUGGUACUGGUAUAAACACCGAUUCUCAGAUUGGAUACCACGCACCGAGAAUGGGCCACCCUUUAGAGCUAUUGCUGAGUCCUGCUCCUAUUUAUAUCCCUUAUAAAUCAUUGGAAAGUAAGAUAGUAGAUUUAGCAGCUGGUAGAGCACAUACAGUAAUACUUACAGACAAUGAAGGUGUGUACACAUUGGGAAAUAAUGCUUAUGGUCAAUGUGGCCGGAAGAUAAACCCCAAUGAAGAAUAUAGAGGAAGCAUGGUGUCUUAUAAUAUUCAAAAACUGGGACAAGAAAAAAUUGUUAAUGUUUGCUGUGGACAAGAUCAUACUUUGUUCAUAACAGAAUCAGGUAAAGUUUAUUCAUGUGGGUGGGGUGCAGAUGGCCAGACCGGACUGGGCACCUACAAAAACCAAGCAUUUCCCGCACCAGUUAAAGGCGAUAUCACAACUGAGAAAAUUGUCAAAGUGGCAUCUACUGUAGAUUGUGUGCUGGCACUAAACGAUAGGGGUGAGCUUUUUGGUUGGGGUAAUUCUGAAUAUGGACAAGUACCAAUGCCAUCAAAAAGUGAUCAAGUAAACAUGUCUUAUGCAUUGGUUCAAUUCACAAAGGGUAUUGGCAAGAUAGUGGAUAUUGCUGCGGGUGGUUCAUUUUGUCUCAUAGUUAAUGAGCAAGGUGAUGUGUUUGUUUGGGGAUUCGGUUUGCUUGGCUUAGGGCCAAAUGUUCAGCAGUCUGCAACACCUAAGCAGAUACCUCCAGCACUAUUUGGAAGGAACGAGUUCAAUCCGCAAAGUGUUGUUGAGAAAGUAGCAUGUGGUAUUGGACAUUUAGCCGCCGUAACUAACAAUGGAGAUCUGUAUACAUGGGGAAGAAAUAGACACGGAUGUUUGGGCUUAGGACACACAAAGGAUCAACACUUUCCAUUAAAAGUAUCAAUUGGGGCUCAUGUGAUGCAAGUCAAGUGUAGUGUUGACCACACAGUUGCUAUGUGCAAGCCAUUUGUUUAAGACUUUGAAUGUUUAGUGUAAAUCUAUAAGCCAUAUUGGAAAUAAAAUUAUUAUUGAAUAGUU